UAAAAGUCGCACAUUCUUUAUUCUCGAUUAUGACGAUGGACGGUCGCACUGAGCUUCGAGUUACUUUUGGAAGUAACUCGAAGCCCAGCCUAGUCGUGCAUUAUUUCCCAGGGAAUCGCUGGUAAUCGUGUCAUCAUUAAAGGAGGGAGCGUCCCACCGAUCAUCGGAAAAUGGUUUCAAUAGACUAUCGCGUUGUUAUCUUUCGCAGAUACGCUAUUAUGUAGCGUAGUUAGUUUUUUCCAAGGUUGUAAAGUAUUAUAAAUGCAUAAAGAGGGUAGAGACACUUGCAUUAUACACCGAUACAUAUGGUUACUUUUCCCUUUCAUUGAGCUCGAGUCUACGUGUGUGUGUGUGUGUGUGUAUAUAUAUAUACACGCGUAUCCGACGUACAUUGCGUUAGUAAUAUAAAUGUGUAAGAGACGAUCAUGGGAAAAAGUUGAAGGAUCAUUUACGUAAUAGAUCACGGGUCGUGAUGAGGGAAUCACGGUGUGAUUUUCAAAGGGCAUCGUGACUCCCAAGCGACCAAUAACAAAACAUCACCAUCACUUGUUUGUUAUCAUCGGAUACCUUCACCCAAUGAAAUUUGUCUUUCGCCUUUGACGUUUCUAACGUCGUCGUACGAUUAAUGUCAAAUAAAGAAAGAGGAAAAUGUCUCUCUUCUGAUAUUCGCAAAAUGUCAAUGUUCCUCGGAUUGCGUUAUAAGGCUCACGCGAAUAUAAUGAAGCUUUUUAAAAGAGAGAAGGAAAGUAACGCGACGCGCCGUCGCGGCGUCGGCGGCGGCGGCGGCGGCGGCGGCGGUGGCGGUGGUGGUUCUUCGGUUUUUGCGGUGGAUCGCAGCGCGCAUUAGUAGAGAAGUUUGCAAGUUAGAGACUGGACGCUUCUUCUUUCGAACGCAUCUUAGUAUCGAACGGUGAACGUGAAGCUGUUACUUGUCACGCACGUGUCUUCUUGUUGCGUUCGAAUAAUAAUAACUGCGCACGUCGUCCUCGCGUUCUCGUCUCAAAAGAAAUCUCUCGUUUUCGACCAAUUACAUUUACCCCAUCGUCGUUCGAUUAAGUCCGCGAAUUCGCGGAUGCGCAAAUGCGCGAGCGUGAGCGAGCGCGCGCGCGCUCGCUUUAUCUUAGCGCGAUGCUCGAAGACGAAAGGAGGAAUCACGCUCGAUCUUAAAUUCUAUCGGUAUAUAGGUAGACUUCCUCUUUCCUCCUCCCAUCAUCCUUGGGUGGACGCGAUAAAUGAGAUAUCUUUACUAUGCCAAGAGAUGAGUCUUCUCUGUCAACAAGCGAGAAAAGAGAAGGCGGAAGAGGAGGAGGGCUAGCGUCGAGAUUGAACAUUUCUACAGGAAAGAAUUGGUGUUGGGAAGGAGCGGAAGAGGAAGAAGAAGGAAAGAAAAGGAGAACGGCAAUAGCGGCAACGGGAAUAAGAGGUGGAAGAAGAAGAUCGGUUUCCCCGAUAAUCAUCGAGAGCCAUAUUUUUCCGACGUGGAGGAGAACGCGGAGGAGCUGCAGCGGUAGUAUCGAAAGAAGAAGGAUAAGGUGGUCCUGGAGGUGGAGGUGGGAUCGGUCGAAAGACGACGACGGCGGCGGCGGCGGUGGCGGUGGUGGUGGUGGCGGCGGCGCCGACGACGACGACGACGACGACGACGACGACGACGACGACGACGAAAACGACGACGACAGCGGUGGUAACAAGAGGGUAGGCCGGAGGUGACCAUUCACCCCACAUGGACGCCACCCUCGAGAAACCACCCAUAUCCUCAAAAGUGGAUAUCUUAUCGCCAUUAUAUCGCCAGGAAAUAUCCGAGCGGAGCGCGAGAGAAGCGCGACGCUCGAGGACGAUAAUUCCUCUUCUCCUCGGCCGUUCUUUGGCCCUUCUUCGAGAAUUCGUCGCCGUUCCGAUAACGACGACGACGAGAACAACGACGACAACGAUUCGUCAAGCGAAUUACCGCCCUCGACCGCAAACUUUUACUUCUCCUUAUUUCGCUGGUACCGACGAAGACGACGGCGACGGCGACGGAGACGGCGACGGCGACGGCGACGGUGACGAGGACGAGGACGCGUCGACAUCAAACACGUUUCAUGCGUUUAUUACGAUACACGCAUCGACACGCGUUGUCGUCGUUGUCGUCGUCGUCGUCGUCACGCAUGUAAAAGGCAUAUCGAUAGACUCCGUCCAAAAGAGCCUAAUCAGCAAUUUUAACAAGCCUAAUCAACGCUUUCCGCCGACGAAAAAUGUCGCGCAGCGCAUCUACGCGUCCCAUGCAAGGCGUCGACGUCAAUCUCGACAUCCAUGUCGCUUUUGGCGUCGGCGUCGGCGUCGGCGUCGGCGUCGGCGUCGGCGUCGUCGUUCGACGUUGGCGUAAGCGUCGUGACACGUGGCGCCGUCGAGGGGCGACGCCUCAAAGUCACUCGACGGCCGUCGAACCGUAAUUUCAUCGACGAGUUGUGGAGCCUUGCUACGUCGUGUUCCGGACAUCGAAAAAGGGAGAGAGAGAGAGGGAGAAACAGAGAAAGGAAGAGAGAGCGAGAGAGAGAGAGAGAACAAAAUAGACUGGUAGACAAGUGCCUCCAGUGUAUGCUUUGUGAAAAUUAUCUUAAAGUCGUUUACGCGUACAAUACUCGGGUGCUGCUGCUCCUUCGGUCGCGCGUAUCUCCACUUCUUUCUCCUUUUAUUUCUCAUUCUUCUUUCCUCCUUUCUUCUUCUCCCUAUUCCUCGUUCUCCAAUUUUCAUUGUUAGUGCUAGUGCCGCUGCUUUUGUCGCAAACCGGAGGAAACAAGCGCGCAUUCAAUCUCUGUACUACUAUAUGCGCUGUCAUUGUAAUAUAGUCAUCUUCGUCGUCCUACUCGGUGAUCCUCAUCGUGGAAGGCAUUUACGGGAGAAGAAAAGUACAUAAAAUCGGUGCAAAUCGACAUUUGCUUCCUUCGAUGGGAUCCUCGUGUUACGGGACAUCACCGUCGACGCCUGAUAUCGAUCGGUCCUCUCUCCCUCCUCCUCCUCUUCCUCCUCUUCUUCAUCCUCCAACAGUCCUCCCUGCUCGUUCACCUUUCUCGCCUUCCGCUUUUCGAGUCUAGCCUGCUAGACAACAGAAUCCUGUUUCCUCGUAGUUUUUCGCAUUAAUUAUCGCUCUCAUGAUCCUGGAUAUCUUCUCUGACAUAUCAUCACCCUUGUGGAUGAUCGUUACGUGAAAGACGAUACGACGACCACGACGACGACCACGACGACGGAUGACGGUGAAUGAUUCUCCUUCGAGACAUAUUUUCUUGUAUGAAAUCAAAGAGAGUUGUCGUUCAUUUCACUGUCUUUCAUUGAAGAGAAACGCGUUCGCGCCAAUCUUUAUUGCACAACGAUGUUAGCAUCGAUACGUGCAUCGACCAAUUCAUCGUUCCUUUAUGAUUUCGAUUACGUUUAAAUCGAUCACUCAUUGGAACGUGAAAUACCCUUAUUUUCGAUCGUUUAACGGUGAUAUCCUUACGGUCGUUGUUCGAAUAAACGAGCUAUGCGAUCAACGUUAAGAAAAAGUGUAGGGAUGGUAGACGUCAAAUGUUUCUCUAUCAAGUCAUUUUCCCGCAUAAGUUUUUCAAAUUGGCCUCAGUGUGGUGGUGGAACGCGUUUAGAAAAGGCUAGAUACGUGUCACGUGACAGGGAGAUAGAGAAACGUAAGUGGCGCUGUAGAUAGGUAGACGUCUCUAAUCGCGGGAUCCUUCAAUUCUCGCGCUUUUUCGGGGAGGGACGCUGAAGGAAAUUAAACGCGUUAAAAUAAUAUUGUUAAACAGUAAUUUUCUUAUCGGACGAAAAAAAUAAUUGUGCGAAGGAAACAUUCCGUCGUCGUUGUUCGUCAAACGUCCACCUCGGAGCCUCGUCGAAAAAAAGAAAAAGAAAAAAAAAGCAUAUUUCUCAAAUCUCUCCAAUUUCUUACUUAAAAGGAUAUCGCGCGACGAUGGGAGAAAGACAUUAGCACCUAAUAAAUCAGUCGGAUUGCGUUUAAAGACCGAUCAAAGGAUAUGUAAAAGGGAAGGGAGAAAAAUAAGGGGGAUCUCUUGGAGUGGUUCAGCGUGCGCUUAAAAAUGCGCGUCUCUCGUCGGUUUUGCGAUUGCAAGACGAGUUGGGAAGGAAACGAAGAGAAAGUGGUUCGUGAUACCUAGCGCGACGUAGGGCGCGCGACGUCCUUGGAGAGAUUCAUGCCUUGCGGAAGCUGCGAUGAUACGGACGGACGAAGAGGAGGGUCCAAAACGGGAGAAGAAGAAUGUAAAAGGCGAGCCGGACAUCGUCUCCUCGGCACCUCCUACGUGCCACGAAGACGAAGAGGUAAAAGAGUGUGACGAGACCGAUGUUACGGAAGGAAAAAGAACAACGACUACGACGACGACGACGACGACGACGACGACGGCGACUGCAACGGCGACAACGACGGCGACGAAAACGACGGCGGUGGCAGCGGCAACGGUGACUGUAACGGCAACGACAACGACGGUGACUGUAACGGCAGCAGCAACAACAGCGGCGGCGACGGUAACGGUGACGGUGACAACAACAACAACAACAACAACGACGACGACGACGACGACGAGGACGACGACGACGACGACGACGACCACAACCACGACGGCGGCGGCGGCGGCGAAAGAAGCAGCCAUGUGCGCUGUGGACAUUUGCAUUCAAGAUGGAAACGAAAGCCGUAAGAAGAAGCGAAAACGGCGAAAAAUGCGCAACAAGCCACAACUGCAAGAGCAACAAGACGUAUCGAUUCACGCAGUAUUGAAUCUUCCAUCGUCGUCCGAAGAAGUUGUUGAGGCGGUCGACGAAUGCUCCAAAAGAGAUUCGUCGAGCAGUCUUGGUGGUACCAGCAGGCACAAUACCUUCAGGGAAUCAUUGCUUACGGUACUGGGCAAGCUGGUCAUAUGGAAGGGCAGCAGGUAUCGUUCCACAACUGCUGCUUCGUCCUCUUCCAGUGUGCCUCCGAAUUCACCACCUGCCACAGAAUGUAUCGGUCGUAGUACAUCUUUUUUUUCUAGCGAAACAGAGAGGCGCAUCCGCGCCAAUAAUCGCGAAUACAAUUCACAGUUUAAUUAUGCGAACAACUACAUAAAGACGUCCAAGUAUUCGGUUCUGACGUUCCUACCAUUGAAUUUGUUCGAGCAAUUUCAGCGGCUCGCCAACUUUUACUUCCUAUGCCUGCUGGUGCUUCAAAUGAUACCCGCCAUAUCCUCUUUGACUCCCAUUACGACAGCUAUACCGCUCAUAGGGGUACUUAUGCUCACUGCCGUUAAGGAUGCCUACGACGACUUUCAACGGCAUAGCAGCGAUUCACAAGUUAAUAAUAGAAAGUCACAAACAUUGCGUGGCACUAGCUUACGCGAAGAGAAAUGGUCUCAGGUUCAAGUUGGGGACGUUAUAAGAAUGGAGAAUGAUCACUUUGUCGCGGCGGACGUUCUUCUUCUAUCAACGAGCGAACCUAAUGGUCUUUGUUACAUCGAAACGGCAGAAUUGGAUGGGGAGACUAAUUUAAAAUGCCGACAAUGCUUGACUGAGACUGCCGAAAUGAUGGACAACCACGAAUCAAUUGGUCAAUUCGACGGUGAAAUCGUUUGCGAAACGCCUAACAAUUUGUUGAAUAAGUUUGAUGGCACGUUAACGUGGAGAGGACGGAAAUACGCGUUGGAUAACGACAAAAUCAUAUUACGAGGUUGUGUACUAAGAAAUACACAAUGGUGCUACGGCGUGGUCAUCUUUGCGGGCAAGGAUACCAAAUUAAUGCAAAACUCAGGGAAGACCAAAUUUAAGAGGACCUCUAUAGAUAGGCUGCUGAAUCUUCUGAUUAUUGGAAUAGUGUUUUUCUUGCUUUCUAUGUGUUUGUUUUGCAUGAUCGGUUGUGGUAUUUGGGAGAGCCUCGUGGGUCGAUAUUUUCAAGUGUAUUUACCUUGGGACUCGUUAGUGCCUAGCGAACCUUUAGGAGGUGCCACAGUGAUCGCUCUCCUCGUAUUCUUUUCAUAUGCUAUUGUAUUGAACACAGUGGUGCCAAUCAGUUUAUAUGUGAGUGUCGAAGUGAUCAGAUUCGUGCAGUCGUUUCUGAUCAAUUGGGACGAAGAAAUGUACUACGCGCCUACGAAUACACAUGCCAAGGCUAGGACUACUACGUUAAACGAAGAAUUGGGUCAGAUAGAAUACAUCUUUUCUGACAAAACUGGAACAUUAACGCAAAAUAUAAUGACCUUUAAUAAGUGUUCUGUAGCUGGUAAAUGUUACGGUGACACUGUAGACGAAGUUACUGGAGAAGUCGUCGAUUUAAGCGAGACGGACAAAGCUGCACAAACUCCAACAAUGCGAUGGAAGAGCGGACAGGAAUUUGUUCGUCAAGUUUAUACUCCGCUUAGCGGUCCAAACGUCCGUCUUCUGGAGCAAGCUGACAGAAUGUCCAGUACAACACCAGAACCAGGAAUCAGUGCCAGCCCAAAGCUUCAACACAAACAUUCAAUGAUGCCACCCCUGGAUUUUUCAUUUAACAAGGAUUACGAGCCUGAAUUUAAAUUCUACGAUCCUGCGCUUUUGGAAGCUGUCAAGCAAGGCAAUGAAGAUGUUCACAGUUUCUUUCGCUUAUUAGCACUAUGCCACACCGUUAUGCCAGAAGAGAAACACGGAAAGCUCGAGUAUCAAGCACAGUCGCCGGACGAGGCAGCGCUCGUUUCAGCAGCUAGAAAUUUUGGUUUUGUCUUUAAAGAAAGAUCUCCUAAUAGCAUAACGAUCGAAGUAAUGGGAAAGCGUGAAGUAUAUGAGCUACUGUGUAUUCUAGACUUUAAUAAUGUCAGAAAAAGAAUGUCUGUAAUAUUGAGAAAGGAUGGGCAUCUUAGGUUGUACUGUAAAGGGGCAGACAAUGUCAUUUACGAACGUUUGAAGAAAGAUAGCGAUGAAAUUAUGUCAAAGACUUUGGAUCAUCUCAAUAAAUUUGCAGGCGAAGGUUUGAGAACAUUGUGCCUUUCAGUGAGAGAUUUAGAUGAAAGCUUCUUUAAUAAUUGGAAACAACGUCAUCAAGAAGCGGCACUCAGCCAUGAGAAUAGAGAUGACAAAUUGGACGCCAUAUACGAAGAGAUAGAAAAAGAUAUGACGUUAUUAGGUGCUACUGCCAUUGAGGAUAAAUUACAAGAUGGUGUACCCCAAACCAUCGCGAAUUUAGGACUGGCUGGCAUAAAAGUGUGGGUAUUAACAGGUGAUAAACAAGAAACGGCCAUCAACAUCGGUUAUUCGUGUCAAUUGUUAACAGACGAUCUUACCGAUGUCUUUGUAGUAGAUGCUACUACUUAUGAUGGGGUUGAAACUCAAUUGACACGAUAUUUGGAAACCAUCAAGACAGCCUCCAGCCAUCAGAAUCGGCCAACUCUCUCCAUUGUCACAUUCAGGUGGGACAAGGAAAGCAGUGAUACGGAAUAUAAUCCGAGUAGAGACGAGCAGGAUGAGCAUGAAAUGGAGCAAGCUAUGGGUUUUGCAGUGGUUAUCAAUGGACAUUCCUUAGUGCACGCAUUGCAUCCGCAACUUGAUCAACUUUUUUUGGAAGUAUCAAGCCAAUGUAAAUCUGUGAUAUGUUGUCGUGUAACACCUUUACAAAAAGCAAUGGUCGUUGAAUUGAUAAAGAAAAAUAAAAAUGCGGUUACUCUGGCGAUCGGAGAUGGAGCUAAUGACGUUUCGAUGAUAAAGACGGCUCAUAUUGGCGUUGGUAUCAGUGGACAAGAAGGACUGCAAGCUGUACUAGCCUCUGAUUAUUCUAUAGGGCAAUUUAGAUUCUUAGAAAGAUUAUUACUCGUACACGGCAGGUGGUCGUAUUAUAGAAUGAGCAAGUUCCUUAGAUACUUCUUUUAUAAAAAUUUUGCAUUCACUCUCUGCCAUAUCUGGUUCGCCUUCUUCUGUGGAUUCAGUGCACAGACAGUGUUUGAUCCAAUGUACAUUUCUGUCUAUAAUCUAUUUUAUACGUCGCUACCAGUCUUGGCAGUUGGCAUAUUUGAUCAAGAUGUUAAUGAUAAAAAUAGCCUAAUGUAUCCAAAGUUAUAUGCACCUGGACUUCAAAAUCUUCUCUUUAAUAAAAAAGAAUUUUGUUGGAGUGCUCUACAUGGUUUUUUUGCUAGUUGCGUAUUAUUUUUAGUACCCUAUGGAACAUACAAGGAUGGAGUAUCACCAAAGGGCUAUGUACUUUCAGACCAUAUGCUGCUGGGCAGUGUUGUAGCUACAAUAUUAGUUAUAGUUGUAACAGUUCAAAUCGCUCUUGACACAUCAUAUUGGACAAUUGUUAAUCAUAUUAUGGUGUGGGGCUCGUUGAUAUGGUAUUUUAUUUUAGAUUACUUUUAUAACUUCGUCAUAGGAGGUAGUUACGCCGGCAGUCUUACAAUGGCUAUGUCAGAAGCAACAUUUUGGUUCACAACAGUUAUAACAUGUAUAAUACUAGUGAUACCAGUUCUUUCAUGGAGGUUCUUCUUUAUGGAUGUGCGGCCAACACUCUCUGAUAGAGUAAGAUUGAAACAAAGAUUAGCGCAAUUGCGUUCUCGUCAGAGUCAGGACAUUUUGCGUACUCCAUCUACGAGACGCACGCGACGAUCUCUGCGCUCGGGCUACGCAUUUGCUCAUCAAGAAGGUUUUGGACGACUUAUUACAUCUGGAAAAAUCAUGCGCAAAUUACCCAAUGGUGCAGAUUUUAAGUUCGCUAUGCCAUUUACCAAUAAUGUUACUAAACAAAUUAAUGUUGCUACUACGUCGCCAAAGGAGAAUGCAUCUCGGAAUUCGCACACAUUGGAUGCUAUCACUCUGUGAAGCUUUACGUUAAUCACAGUGUUGCACAGUAAGUAUGAUUUCUUCGUUCACGUACCAUCGUGACAUUAAAACAUAGUCACUCAGUUUGCCUUAUUGAAAGUUGCUCUAUAUAAUUUUAUCUUUUUAUAUUUUUUUGAUAAAAGUAUAAUAAUUUUCUAAGAACAAAAUAGAUAAUAAAUAUGAAAACUGAAACAAUAAAUGAACGCGUCUAUUAUUAUUAUUAUUAUUAUUA